AAGAUGUUUGACUGGUUGGGGUGAAGUGACUUCUCAGAUGGAACAAAAAGAACCACUUGCCUUUGAUUUGCAGAGCCCUGAGAAAAGGGAGACCCUGAGAACCACCUGUACAGAUGACAAAAUCAUGAUGGCAAAUGAGGAGGAGAAUCCUCUGCCCAAGACAAACCCUGAGAAGGGCCUGGACGCGCACACAGGCUCCAUCAACUGUCAGAGGCCACCAGGGCAGGAGAACCGGUAUCAAUGCACAGAGUGCCAGAAGAGCUUCAGUGUCCAUUCAGCGCUGGUGAAGCAUGAGCGGGUCCACACAGGGGAAAAGCCAUACCAGUGCCACCAGUGCGGCAAGAGCUUCAGUGUGAGCUCCACUCUCAUCACCCACCAGCGCAUCCACACUGGGGAGCGUCCAUACAAGUGCUCCCAGUGUGGCAGGAGCUUCAACCAGAGCUCGCACCUCACCCAGCACCAGAAGAUCCACACAGGGCAAAAACCUUGCACGUGCACUGCUUCUGCGGAGGGCUCCCCCGACAGCUCAACAUGCAUGAAGCACCCAGGGCUGCAUGCUGGGCUGGGGCCCCACACCUGUCGUGUUUGCAGGAAGAGCUUCAGCCGGAGCUCCAUGUUGUAUAACCACCAGCGAGUGCACAGCGGUGAGAAGCGCUACCAGUGCGCCCAGUGUGGCCGGCGCUUUGGCGUCAGCUCUAACCUCAUCCGGCACCAGUGGGUCCAUGCAGAGGAGAGGCCAUUCCGAUGCCUGGAGUGCCGGAGAUGCUUCCACCUCCCUGCUGACCUGGCUGAACACCAGCAGGUGCACCAUGGGGAGAAGCUGCAUGCAUGCCCCGAUUGUGGAAAGGACUUUGAGCAGGAGGCCCAGCUGGCCAAGCACCAGCGCGUGCAUGCCAGGGAGGAUGCCUACUGCUGCCUGGAGUGCGGGAAGAAUUUCAGCCGCAAGGGCAAUCUGGUGCGGCACCAGGAUGUGCACAGUGGAGAGAAGCCCUUCUGGUGUGGGGACUGUGGGAAGAGCUUCAGCCGGGGCUCAUCCCUGACACAGCACCAGCACGUCCACACUGGAGAGAAGCCAUACCCCUGCCCAGACUGUGGCAAGUGCUUUGGCUUCAGCUCGCAGCUCACCACCCACCGGCGGGUACACAGCGGUGAGCGGCCUUACCGCUGCUCUGAGUGCAAAAAAGGCUUUGCUGAUAGCUCAGGGCUCAUCCAGCACCGACGUAUGCACACGGGGGAGAAGCCAUACCAGUGCCCCGAGUGCGGGAAGAGGUUCCGACAGAACUCAGUGCUGACCCAGCAUCUGCGCACACACUCUGGGGACCGCCCCUUUGAGUGCAGCCAAUGUGGUGAGCGCUUCACCCAGAGCUCCACUCUGGCAGCCCACCGGCGCCUCCACACUGGUGAGCGCCCCUACGCCUGCCCAGAAUGUGGGAAGAGCUUUAGUGAGAGCUCACAUUUGGCACAACACCGCCGCAUACACACUGGGCUCAAGCCCUACAGCUGCAGUCAGUGUGGAAAGAGCUUUGUGCAAAGUCCACAGCUGGCCACCCACUGCCGCAUCCAUACAGGCCAUAAGCCCUACUGCUGCAGCGUCUGUAGCAAGAGCUUCAGUGACAGCUCAGCCCUCACCCAGCACCAGCGGGUACACACUGGGGAGUGCCCUUAUGCGUGCAGUGAGUGUGGGCGGAGCUUCAGCCAGAGCUCGGCCCUGGUCCAGCGCUGGCGAUCCAUACAGGUGACAAGCCCUUUGAGUGCAGCACCUGUGUGAAGAGUUUCAGCCAGAGUGCAGGGCUCGCCCAACACCGCAGCACACAUGCCAUCGGGAAGCCCAGCCAGCCAGCAGGGUCCUGGAACCACGCAGGUCCUGAAGCUCCAGCAGGGCAGCAGUGACCUCAGGAGGGGAGGGAAGAGGGUCUCCAUGCUGCUGCACCAGUCAGUUGAGGAACUCUUAUGUCAUUUAAAUUGUUCUUAAAAAGCACCCCAAGCAAAUGGUUACAGGAAAAGUAGCCAGCCCCCCAAAACAGGGCAUGAGGAGGCACAUUCAUAACAUGUUAAACCACACCCUUGCCUUUCUUACCCAAAUCAGCUCCCCAAAAUUGGGCUGUGUGUCUGAAGUUAGGAAGCUGAUUUUUCUUAUUUGUGUGUCUGAAGUUAGGAAGCUGAUUUUUCUUAUUUUCUUAAUACAAGCAUAGAGAUGCCUUGCUCUAAUGGCUGCUGCUUCUCUCUGGCCCCAGCAAGCAGAAGAGGCAGAGUCCUGUGUUAACUCUCUCAGAGCCAUGAAGGAAUUUGCAUGAGCUACUGGGUGAACCCCGUAGCUUGUACCUGAAGCAGCAAUUGAGGUAACUCAGGGCAAGUGAGCUGCUCACCUCCAUCCUUGGAAAGGUCUUUGAAAAGAUUAUGA